AUGGAGCAUCAAGAGAGGUUUGAGAAUAUACCAAAAUGGGAAGAUAUGGAUAGAGACAUGCUUGUCAAUAUUUUCAAGAAGCUACACGUAGUGGAUGUCAUCAUGGGAGCAUCACGAGUGUGCAUCGCUUGGUUCCUUGCUGCUCACAACAAAACUAUAUGGAACACCAUCAAUCUCAACGAUCUUGAUUCGAUUGUUUUAGAUGAUAACCCCUCUAAGCCACAUCUGCAGGAUAUUAAUAAUGGAGAAAAACAUCGAUACCACCUUAGGGAGAUCUUGAAUGAAAUCAACAAAUUCAGCCGUGCAGCCACGUUUGAGUUUUUCUUCAAUGCUAAUACCAAUGUAGUAGAAGAGGAUCUAGCCAUCAUUUCCAACGGGUUGCCAAACAUCAGAAAACUUGCGUUACCAAUACAGAAAACUCAAAAUCUUAAUUCAUUCGCAUCAUCUUUUAGCAAAUGGAAGAAUCUCCAAACGUUGAUCAUUGCUAAAUUUACAGAAGAUGACGACCUGAACCAUGAGUUUAAAGCCAUUGCAGAAAACUGUAGAAAUCUUACCACCAUAAAAUUCACUUGUACAUUGGACAUGGAAUUGGCCACUAUUAUUAAGAAGCUUCCGAACCUCGAGAGACUGAGCUUCCGCUGCACUUCAGUCUUUAUAAGAGCACUUAUGUCGCUCAUCCUCGGCCUUCAGAACCUCAAGAGUCUUAACAUCUCACAUUGCAUAUUCAGAAAACGAUGCAACAACAACGGAACAUUAAGAAUGUUACCUGAGGAUAAAUCCUUAAUGCAGAUUAUACUUGACACUCAAAAGCUUGAAACUUUUAAGUUGUGUUGUUCGGACUGCACAACCUGUCUUGAUGUGUGGAAUCAUACGAGACUCCCUGACUAUAGUACAUCUGAUUCUGCUUUUAGCAACUUUUGGGAUAAACAGUGGAAAACUGAUGAGUUUAAGGAGUUUGAGUUUUAG